AAUACAGAAGCAUAUUAGCACUAGGAUUUCUGAAAAGCGAGCACUUGCGCUCCCCAUCAGCUCUAAGUAAAACAUAAUACAAUGUGGUGCUGGCAUUAGAAUCAACCAGCAUGCCAGAUGUAUCAACAUUAUUUUCCUUUAAAACAUCAACCAACGUAUACCCAGAUUCAUCUGGUCCAACCUAAGUGCUUUUUCUGCUGUCAUUAAUCGGUUAGGUGAGUUUGAUGAUAUUUUGGAUAGAAGCAACUCUAAAUCUCUCUCGGAUUCUUUGGAAGACAUAGAUAUUAUGUACAGAGACUAUACAAGUUCAUCUGCAUUGGAAUCUAAUGAAUUGACUCCACAAAAGAAACAUGAAACGUUACUGGAGAUAGAUAAUUUGAUUCUGAAGACACCAAGUGAUUCUACACUUAUUACAGACUUGUCAUUGACAAUCAAGGCAAAGGAUAAUUUACUGAUAACAGGACCAAGUGGAAGUGGCAAAACAUCUUUAUUAAGAGUUAUGGUUGGUCUAUGGAGAACCGGAACCGGAAAGAUCAUAUACUAUGUAAAAGGUGGGGAAGAUGCUGAGAAAUCCAUUAGUUCAGAUGUGAAUACUCCUCGUGAUAUAUCUGAAGAUCGUGGAAAAUCCAUCAGCAGAAAAUCUGGAAUCUUUUUCCUACCUCAAAAGCCGUACAUGGUUUUGGGUACUCUUCGUCAACAAUUACUUUAUCCAACUUGGGGUGAUGAUCUCGUUCCAACAUUGGAUAGUGAUAAACAAAAAAAUGUGCUUCCUUUCUUGUCGAAUUCAGAUGAUAUGAAUAGUGAACUUAUGAAGCCAAAAACAGACGAGCUGAUAAAGAUCUUCGAGGAUGUCCGUCUUGGCUACAUAUUACCUCGAUUUGGGUUGGAUUCAACACAUGAAUGGUCUAGUGUUCUCUCUCUGGGAGAACAGCAACGUCUUGCAUUUGCUCGUCUUUUGCUUUUAAAACCUCAACUAGCUCUACUGGAUGAAUCGACAAGCGCACUUGAUGAACCCAAUGAGGUUUAUUUGUACAAAAAGAUUGCAGCAGCAGGCAUAACAUACAUUAGUGUUGGCCAUCGGUCAACCUUAUCCAACUUCCACGACAGAAUCCUAUGCAUAUCUACAACCGAUUCAAACAAUGAACAACCAAAUUGGCACAUCGAACCCACUAGACGUGAAUCCUCUUUAAAAGUUUAGAAAUGUAUGAUUGUUGCAGGGUUUUGGUAUUGACAUCUAUGCUCCAAAUUCAUUGAACCAUAAUUUCCCGGAGUACGGAUGUCAUCAUAUAGAUUUUCCCAGGAAACUUGUUAUUGUUAUAACCUUUAAUUUUUAUAUACAGAUCCAUAGAAACACUCAUAGAAUGCUUUUUAUAAAUUUAGGCUUGCUGUUCUUUUCACAACAAAAUUGAACCGAUGUAUCUAAAGAGAGAUUCGUGUGUUAA